AUGUAUAACCUCUUUAAAUCUAAAGGAAUAGAUUUGUGGGAUGUUGUUGAGAGUGGACCAUUCACCCCAACCAAAGUAGUAGAAGGUGCACAUGUAGCAAAACCAAAGGGUGAAUGGAGUGAGCAAGAGAAGAGAAGAGUUGGUCUAAAUGACAAAGCUAUUCAUGUUUUAUUUUAUGCUCUAAGUAGAAGUGAGUAUAACAAAGUGUGUAUGAAGUCUAUCGCAAAGGAGAUUUGGGAUGCUUUGGUGAUUACUCAUGAGGGCACAAGUCAAGUAAAGGAGAAUAAGUUGGAUUCCCUAAUCUAUCAAUAUGAGUUGUUCAAGAUGAAAUCAAAUGAGACUAUAGGUCAAAUGUAUGAUAGAUUUGUGGAGAUCAUUGGAGGAAACAUCCCUUGA